GGACACCCGCCAUUACUGUCUGAAGUCAGGGUCUAAGGUUCGAAUAUGGACCCCCGUACCAGUGCCCAAGACGUAAUGCGAUGUGACCUAUGUAAGACCGCUGUGGUACAGAUGCACUGUGAUACAUGUCUUGUCAACCUGUGUACGGCCUGUGUUGGAAAUCAUAUGAUCUCUGAUCAAUAUAUCAAUCACAAAGUUGUCACUUUUCAGACCAGAAAAUCCACUCCCAUCUACCCUGGAUGUGUCAUUCAUGACAAAGAACGAUGUAAAAUGUACUGUAAACAAUGUAAUAUUCCUGUAUGCACUAAAUGCAUUGCAUCUGAUGAACACCUAGGUCACAAAUUAUCAGAAAUAUUACAAAUUCUAGAUGAAAAAAAGGACAGUAUCAUCCAAGAACAGAUUGAAUUAAAUGACACUAUUCAUCCAACCUACCAGGACAUUGCCUCUGAUGUACAAAACAGAAUGAGUCAGUUACAAAAGGAAUAUGUAGAUCUCUCAACAGCCAUAACAAAACAUGGAGAGGACUGGCACAGAGACUCUGACAAACUUGUCAAAAAACUUACAGCUGAUGUUGAGGAUAUUAAAAACACACAGUUACAAACUCUACGGAAACAAAUGGAUGAAAUAAACAAGACAAUGUCUGACAUCAAGAAUGAAAUCAAUUCACUUGAGGAUGCUGUUGCCUCGAAAGACAUUUCCAAAGUCUAUAGUGUUAAAUCCAAAAUAGAAAAAUAUAGAAAGCUUCCACCAAAAAUCGUACCUUCUUUACCCAAAUUCUUUCCAGGAAAAAUCCAAUUAGAACUUUGUAAACUGUUUGGAUCCUUAUCAUUAAGUUCUAUUACUUCAAAUAAACAUGACUACAACAUGACGACAUCACAGAAAUCUUCAGAAGCUGGAUCCUCUCCUCCAGUCAAACAGCUGCUUGAUGAACCAGAGACUGUCACCACCAUAGACACUGGGGAUAGAGAACUUCACAAUGUGGCCUGUCUGAGUGAUGAAGAAAUCUGGACAAGUGGAUGUGACAGCACCAUGAAACUUUAUAGCAUCAAUCAGGGAUCACUACUCAAGUCAAUAAACACCAGGUCAGGGAACAUGCCAGGUGACAUAGCAGUGACAAAAAAUGGAGAUCUAGUUUAUACUGAUGACAAAGAUAGAACUGUGAACAUUGUGAAGAAUGAAAAGAUAGUGGAGAUGAUCAGACUACAAAACUGGAUACCUUUGAGUGUCUGUAGUACCUCCUGUGGUGACCUCCUUGUUAUCAUGGGCAAUGAUGUCAUAACACAAAUAAGAGUUGUCCGUUACUCUGGCUCCACAAAGAAACAAACCAUCCAGGUUUAUGAUAAAGGUAACCUUGUCUACUCUAACUCUCAUGAGAAAUACAUGACAGAGAACAAGAACCUGGAUAUCUGUGUGUCUGACAAUGGAGCUGAAGCAGUGGCGGUAGUCAAUCAGGCCGGGAAACUGAGAUUCAGGUACACUGGACAUACUCCUGCUACAAGGAAGAGACCAUUCGAUCCAGUGGGAAUCAUCACAGACAGUCAGAGUCACAUACUUACGGCUGACUUUAACAAUGAAUGUGUCCACAUCAUAGACCAGGAUGGACAGUUCCUCCGUUAUAUAGAUUGUGGACUGAGUUAUCCCAUUGGACUGUGUACAGAUACAACUGACAAUCUAGAAAAUGCAGGUGUGCUAUAG